GCGGCAUCUCUGGGACCGACGAUGGCGUCCGCUCCCGGCGCGCUCUGUCCAGAAUUCCAUCCGACCGUGGAGGAGUUUGCGUGCUUUGCCACGUACAUCCGCACUGUUGUCGAGCCGGCGUGCCAACACGUCGGCAUGUGCAAGAUCGUCCCACCGGACGGCUUCUUCGCGCGGACGUACGACGACCUCGAGUUCACGAUCCCGACACCACUGACCCAGCAUGUGGCUGGGAAAAAAGGUGUAUUCCAUGUCGACUUGGUCGCGAGGAAGAGCAUGCAGCUCGAUACGUUCCGUGCACUGGCCGACGCCGCUGCUCCAAAGGAUCUGCAGGAUCCCGCGACAGCGCCGCUGGACGUCCUCGAGCGUAAGUUUUGGAAAGGGCUGCGACCGACCAUGGAUCCGCCGACGUAUGGCGCCGACAUUGUGGGUUCUCUCUUUGGCGACGACCCCGCCAUGUCUUGGAACGUGAACGAUCUCGACUCGAUCUUGCGCACGUGGGUCGACCUACCAGGCAUCACCCAAGCCAUGCUGUACUUUGGCAUGUGGAGUGCCAUGUUUGCGCUGCACACAGAAGACAUGGAGCUGUACAGCAUCAACUACCUGCACACGGGCAAGCCCAAGGUCUGGUACACCGUGCCUCCCCACCAUGCGGCGCGCGUCGAGCGGGUGUGCCAGACGAUGUUUCCGCACGACUAUGUCGCAUGCCACGAGUUUCUCCGCCACAAAACGUCGCUCGUGUCGCCGGCCAAGUUGCACGAAUUCGACGUCCCCUACUACCGAGCGGUACAAGGCCCUGGCGACUUUAUCAUAACGUUUCCACGGGCGUACCACCAAGGCUUCAACACAGGCUUCAACAUCGCCGAGAGCGUCAACUUUGCCACACUGCGAUGGAUCGCCAUGGGACUCGACGCCAAGGUGUGCAAGUGCGCGCCCAACAAUGUGACGCUCGACAUGGACUUGUUCCUGACGCAAUUGUUUACGUCGAGUCGGCCCGGCAGCCGCGCCAUCGCGCCGGACGACUGGGUCCUCAGCUGCCAGUGCCACAAGGUGGCAACGAGCGCCGACGACGUUGUCGAUGUCGACGAGCGCUGGUUUGAAUGCUCGACGUGCUCGAUCUGGUGCCACUUGCGGUGCCGGUAUCCAUCGCUAUGGGAGGCCCAGGACCACACGUUGCCGGCGACGUUGCUCUGCCACCGGUGCGACGUCGCAUCGUGUCCGCCGCGCAAGAAGCACCCUCCGACGACGAUCGAGAUGACUUCCACGAAAGCAAACGAGUCUGGCGGCGGCAACGUGCUUGCCAAGAACGCGAUCGUCCUGAUCGAGUCGAACCGACGCUGCGUGCGGGAGGCCAAGGUGGUUGCGGUCGACGGCAAGUACAUCCGCGUGCACUUUAAAGGCGAGUCAUGUGCGUCGGACGAGUGGAUGCCGUCCAACUCGACCACGAUCGUCGGCAUCGGCCCCAAGACGUCCCCACCACAGAAACAACCCACCGCGCGGCGACGGUCGCGGUCGACCACCCCCCAAAAAGCCAAGCGCCACAGAGUCAUGCCAACAUAGAUACACUAGACGACCCGUUUGCAUCGUUCGUGGCGAACAUGACGGUCUUGGCUGCACGUCGACGCGGCAUGGCUCUCACCCUGGCAUGGCAUCAGCAUCCC